CGGAACUCAUGCAUUGAGGAAAUUGGUCCAUCAACGGGCAGUAAAUACAGUGACACCGUGUCACAACGUGCUCAUGAAAAUCAGACACCGUCUAUUUUGCCAGCUGGGUGUAGUUGCAGGAAGUUGCCAUGGAGAGUCUGGGGGAGAAGUUCAAAGCUCUGUCAAUCACUCGGCGUGUCCAGCCAGAUGAGCCCACCUACCUGCUGGACCUGUCCCAUCAGACUGUCUCGGGCCCAGGGUUGGUGGCCGUAUGCUGCUCCAACCUCUCCAUCCGUUUGCAUAGUGAGGACAGCCUCAGCCUGCUCAGGGAGUACCAGGGACAUAGUGGUGCAAUCUGUGGGGUGUGCUUUGCCCACACCUCCCCUGACCUGCUCUUCUCAGGCUCUGCUGAUGGGACAGUGAGGACGUGGGAUGUCCGCUGCCCUGGUUCAGAGGCAGCACAGGUGUUCAGGAGUGACUCCUCCCACCACUUCUGCAGCUUUGAUGUGAGCUGCAGCGAUGUGGUCCUAUGUGCAGGCACUGAGCAGGUCGAUGAAGAUGAUAGCUUCUUGGUUUUCUGGGAUGCCCGCAUGGCAAAGGAGAAGGGAGGGGUUCUGGGUGUGUACUCUGAGUCCCACAGUGAUGACAUCACGCAGGUGCGUUUCCACCCCCGGAAUGCCGACCACUUGGCGUCUGGCUCCACUGAUGGCCUGGUGAAUGUGUUUGACCUGAGCCUUGGUGCAGAGGAGGAGGCCCUGCUGGCCACCUGUAACUGUGGCUCCUCUGCUAGCUCAGUGUGCUGGGCAGGGAAGGACUUCAACCAGCUGCUGUGCCUCAGCCACGACGAGGGCCUCCAUCUGUGGGACCUGGGUCAGUUGGACACAGACAAGCCUCUCACACUCUUCAGUGCUGCUGAUGCCCGCAGCCUGACCCCUCUCUCUAAUGAAGUGGCCCUGGAUUACUUUGUUGGCGGGACUUGGCUGGAGGAGGCAGGGCGCUUACUAGUGCUAGGUGGGACAAACAAUGGAGACAUCCACCUUCUGGAGUGCAGUGAGGAAGGCCUGUGUCUGCUGAGGUCCCUCCAAGGGGGCCACUCUUCCACAGUGCGCUGCUUCCUCUGGGAUCCCGCAGGGGAGGCCCUGCUCACAGGAGGGGAGGAUGCACAGCUGCUCUUGUGGAAGCCAGGGGCGGAGGAAUUCACCUCAGGGAAGAGGGACACCCUGAAGAGUGCCUCUGCAUUAAAACUAAAAUCUAGAUCACACAAGAAGCAUGGCUCCAAGAGGGAUAAGAAGCUAGAAGUGUGAGUCGGAUGCAAUAGAGGGCUCUCAAAGAAGGGCAAGACUGCAGUCCCUAUUUAAUCAAUCAAUAUUCCUCUUGCACUCACAGAGUACUCAUUUGGAUUCAUGAAAUCAACACAAUUAUAUUUUUUCUUUCUUGAAAGUAGUAUUAUACUUAUCCCAGAAACGGAUUAAUAAUCUCUUUUAACCGCUAGGGCUUAAAAUGAGAUUGAAUCGCAGUAUUUGUUAUUCAAAUGUUUCUCCCAACUUGUUUGGUAUUUUGUUUAGCUAAAGCCAACUGGUAUUUCUUUAGAAAUAUAAUUCUAGUUGAUCUAAUGCAUGCUCUCCUGUAAUUUAACUAACAUACUCAGUGGGUCACAAAGGCCAGGGUUCAGAACCAGAGCAUGCAGUACUUCAUCAUACUUAUUCAGAGGAGCAGCUUUAUUUCCACUCAAAUGGCACAGAGUGGAAUAACAUGACAGUUGCUAUGCAGGGACUCUGCUGCAUAUGUCAACCUGGUCUAAGAGCAUUUCACAUAAUUCUGUAUGUAAAUCUAAGACACCAUUUACUACAAUAUGCUAAGUUUCGUAUGAUAUGUAUUCAUUUGUGUAUGUGCAUCACCCAUUUUGUAUGAUAUGUUACGAAUAUGGCGUUCAAUACAUGUUAAAAGAAAAAA